AUCUUAUCAAUUUAUAUUGGUUUGUUGCCAUUGUCUCGUGACCGCUAAUAUUAUAUUCUGUUUGUCCUGUUUCCGUUUCUGUUACAGUUAAGAAAACAGUUCUCGCCGAAACAUUCUGUGCGACUAUUCAUAUUGGCGAUCUAUAAAAGAAGAAACGUGUCUUUGACAGUAAUAAUAAUUAAUAACCCAAAUAAUUAUACGCCAUAAAUUUUACGACUUAUAUGUACAACAACAUCGCAUUUAUUUCAAAUCGAGCAUCAUGGGACCCAUUCCGCCCCUCGUACUCAGAGAAAAUGAUCUUCCUCGAUAUGAAGAUGAUAUUAUUGCAAACGAUGAUGCCCUUAGAGAAAAUAUUAAUUUCGAAGAUAUAGAUGAUAUUAUAGUGAACGCUCAUGUCUUUAGAGGAAAUAUUAAUCGCGAAGAUGAAGAUGAUAUGAUAUUAAACGAUGAUGCCUUUAGUGAAAAUAUUAAUCUCGAAGAUAAUGAUGAUAUUAUACCGAACGAUGAUGUCUUUAGAGGAAAUAAUCAUUUCCAAGAUGAAGAUGAUAUUAUACCGAACGAUGAUAUCUUUAGAGGAUAUAAUAAUUUCCAAAAUGAAGUUGAUAUUUUACCGGACGCUGAUGAGAACUCUGCAAGAAAUAAUGAAAAUGAAAAUAAUAGACCACCAUUAUACAUGUUAUUAUUUACACCUACCCUCGAAUAUAUAAGAAAUGGUACGUAUAUAAAGUUCAUUACUUGAUUUAGAUAUGUAAUACUCAGGGUUGGGAAUGUUACUCUAUAAAAGUAACGCGUUACCGUUACCGUUAUUUAUUGUAAAAA